CGGCAGUGGGCGGGGCCAGGGCGCGCACUUCCGGUGCCCUUUCUCCCACAAGCCCGGCGCGCCCCGGACCCUCGUGUGCGGGCUGCGGGCUGGCCGGUGCCGCCGGCCUCUCGAUCGGCCAUGGCCCAGAACCUGAAGGACUUGGCGGGGCGGCUGCCCUCCGGGCCCCGGGGCAUGGGCACGGCGCUGAAGCUGCUGCUGGGCGCCGGCGCCGUGGCCUACGGAGUCCGCGAGUCCGUGUUCACCGUGGAAGGCGGCCACAGGGCCAUCUUCUUUAACCGGAUCGGUGGCGUGCAGCAGGACACCAUCCUGGCCGAGGGCCUCCACUUCAGGAUCCCCUGGUUCCAGUACCCCAUCAUCUAUGACAUCCGGGCCAGACCCCGGAAAAUUUCUUCCCCCACAGGCUCCAAAGACCUGCAGAUGGUGAACAUCUCCCUGCGGGUGCUGUCCCGCCCCAAUGCCAUGGAGCUGCCUAGUAUGUACCAGCGCCUGGGGCUCGACUACGAGGAGCGGGUGCUGCCGUCCAUCGUCAAUGAGGUGCUCAAGAGCGUGGUGGCCAAGUUCAACGCCUCGCAGCUCAUCACCCAGCGCGCCCAGGUAUCGCUGCUGAUCCGACGGGAGCUGACAGAGAGAGCCAAGGACUUCAGCCUCAUCCUGGACGACGUGGCCAUCACGGAGCUGAGCUUCAGCCGCGAGUACACAGCGGCCGUGGAGGCCAAGCAAGUGGCCCAGCAAGAGGCCCAGCGGGCCCAGUUCUUGGUGGAGAAGGCCAAGCAAGAGCAGCGGCAGAAGAUUGUGCAGGCCGAGGGUGAGGCUGAGGCCGCCAAGAUGCUGGGCGAGGCGCUGAGCAAGAACCCCGGCUACAUCAAACUGCGCAAGAUCCGGGCCGCCCAGAACAUCUCCAAGACGAUCGCCACGUCCCAGAACCGGAUCUAUCUCACCGCUGACAACCUCGUGCUGAACCUCCAGGAUGAAAGUUUCACCCGGUGAGGGGGCUG